ACAGACGGACACAUCCAUCCAUCCACCUCGCGUGUGUGCGUGUGUGCGUGUGUGCGUGAGGGGGCCGGGUCGCCGAUGUAUGUACUUGUGUAUGUGUUCGUAUUUGUGACUCUUGAGUGAGAGAGGCGAGAGAGUGCUGCCGCUACUAUUACUACUGCUGCUGCUACUGCUGCUGCUAUGUACAUACAAACAUCAUGUGCAUGCGUUCUUGACGUUUGGCGUUUGGCGUGGCUGGAUGGAUGGAUGGAGGACACACACGAGCCGCCGUUGAUUGAAACAAGCCAAGCACGCAAAGUCGCCCACUCAUCAGCCAGACCCCACAACACCACCAAUCCCUCUCUCUCUCAUCUCUCUCUCCCUCCCUCUCUCCCUCCCUCCCUACAGCAUUCGCUCAUCAUUCUCUCCGCGUUCGUCCGUCUCACAUCGUGAGCACCCACACUGACCGGCAGGCUGGAUAAGAUAGGAUGAGCUCAGAUGAGAUCAGAAGUCCAGCCCCGCCGCUCUCGCACCCUCAGCCACGGCUUUCACCUUACCAUGAUACCUACACACAACACAACACAACAGAAUGUAGCACAACAAACAUCCCACAAGUCGGCCGACCCACUGUGGCGUGUCACAUCGUCACAUCGUCACAGGCGUACGUACCUGUACUGUCCCCUGUCGAACCAGACUUUCCAUAUGCCCUUCUCCAGCGACUUCUUCCCCAGCAGCUUCCCAACCUCAUACGCCGCCGCCACCGUGUCGCCGUUCAAGCGCUCGCCAGCUCCUGACACACCCACCAAUGGCACCGAUGGGAUGAGCGUUGCAGGCAGGCAGGCAGGCAGGCAGGCAGGCAGAGCCAAUACAGCAUCCAUCCAUCCAUCCAUCUAUCGACCUCGCUCACUGACAAUCCUUCCUUAAGUACCUACCCAUUCUGGUGGGCACAGAUCUGAGCAAUGGUCUGAUCUCCGGGCUCAGUGUGCACGCCGACGCGAGCGUGUGGUAGACCUCGUCGUCGACCACCAUGGCGUAGAUGUGGUUGUUGGACUUCUUGACCGUGAUCCGCGGCCGCCGCUCACCCAAGUGGAUGUCCUCGGGCACGUCCGCCGCCUUCGCACCCACUGGCGUCUUGGCAACCUCCUCCUCAACCUGAGCGAGCGAUUGAUGAAUGAAUGGAUCAGCCAGUGGCUGGCUGCAUCCCAUCUGUCCAUCCACCCACCCCUGUCUGCCCACCGUAGUGUCAGGUUGUUCCGGCGGCGGGGCGUCAUCGGCUUCGGCAGCGAGGACAGCUGACGCCGGCAGCCUGCGUUGCCGGGCCUGCCACCGGUGGGAUCUCUGAGAUGUCGGUGAGGAUGAGCUUCUGAGGGAGAGGAGGGGGAGCGGGGAGCCGGGAGAGGAGAGGAAGGCGUCCGCCGAGGCGGCGAUGCAGAUCAUGCUGACCACACACUGAGCCAGCCACUUCAUUUCGAAGACCACAAGGCUGGUUUCUCC